AUGGCCGACUUCGAAAGCCUCAAGUUCUUCGCGCCGGGACAAUCGAGCACUUUCACAGGACUUGCAAGCGUGGAUACGGUCUUCUACAACGGCCCGACAUACAUGGUCGAGCGUAUCGCUUACAGUGUAGCCACAGGAGGCACGAUCCUACCAAUAAGUCCUUCGUCGCCCAAUGCUAGCUGGUCUCUCGACUUCAACGGACCUGCCUUGAAAUGCAACAAUAUCAACGCAACAAUGCAGCAGCUCAUGCAGACAAACAUUCUCAAUGCCUAUAGGGGUAACAGCUGUCAGCAGCCAUACAACUAUCUUGCUUGGACAGCCGCCAAUGGUAGUCCGACCCCGAGCGAAGGCAUCGCAAGCAACGAAGACCCGUUCGGCAAUCACGCCGUUCCAUUCUCUAACUCAACGCCGUUCACCAUGAAUCAGGGUACUUUGGGUCCACUUCUUUACAACGCAGUGGGAGCGAAGGGAAACGCUACUACGAAUGGAACAGCCAAUGCAACCCAGGUAGCCACUAUCUACUUUGCAGCCAUUCCUAAGUUCAAGUAUCGUGAGCUUGGCAGCUGUGAUGCCAACCCUAAUACCACAGCUGAGCAAGUCACUGCCGAGUUUGGCAGGUAUUUUGUCAACAGUACGAUGCUCGAAUGUCAGCUGUGGAACACAUCUUAUCAGACUAAUUUUACAUACCUGGAUGGCCAGCAGUCCAUCGAUAUAACAACCUCUGCGCGCGGCGAAGACAGUUUUGUUGAUACAAUAGCUGGGUUUUACAUGAAUGGGGAUUACCCGAAAUGUGCAGGGCUCAAUGUCGACUACGAAGGAUGCAAGGUUGAUCGCCACACUCUCCAAAGACUCUCAUUUCAAGCAAUCCUCGACGCGUUCGGGCGAGUGUUCGUAGGCACAGUCUUGGACGGUCAACAGUCGAAGUACGGCGGAACCUACAGCACGGACACCAAAGUCAUGUCCACAGUCUUGCUGGAUACCAAAGAAUUAUCCUUUCUCCGAACUCCCAGCAACUGGGCCACUGCAGCACAGACAGCCACAUACACCCAUCUCGGAAGUACCGACAAUAUGCCAAGCCUCUACGACUGGACCGCAGAACCAUCGCAGCGGUCCUUGAAGGACACCAUCGAGCAGCUUUUCCAAAACAUCACCAUCAGCAUGCUAAGCUCAGAUCACUUCCAACCCAACACAUCCUCACCCUUUGCCCCGCCUCUAGUCAACGUCACCUCCCCCAUCUAUCAAAACGUCUACGAAUACUCUCCGGUAAAGUUAUGGCUGGCCUAUGGCAUCGCAAUCGCAUUGACUCUUCUCGGAACCAUUUUAGGACUAAUUGCGAUCUUUAAGAACGGAGCGGCGUUUUCAGACGACUUUUCCACCAUCCUGAGGACGGCCAGGUAUGCUCGGCUGAGUAGGGAGGUCAGUUACUCUGAUUCCGAUGGCAGAGAUCCUUUGCCCGAGUAUCUGAGUGAGACGACGAUCGUGUUCAGUCAUGGCGAGGCGUCGAAACAGAAUUUUCUGGUCCAGACUGCCGCUAAAGGUCCGUCGCGGAAUGGUGAGGUUUUCGGAAGUUUCGCGCAAGGAGGAUAGAACUAUCGAUGAAGGUCGAUUCACAUACACUUUUUUUUCAUAAGGCCUGGAAUUUUUGCGGGUUGCCACGCGGAAGAGGACAGCACAGCACGCUAGGAUCUUGAAACUUUCCUACUUGAUUCCUACUUGAUCGCGUAUCUGUGGAAAGAGUCUUCGUUAGCUUGGAGUGUAUCGUCCGAUACCGAUACCCGGACCCCUUCGAACUUCCUCAUUCAUGCAUGAGUCACGACUCUGAGGAUCGGACGAUAUCUUGUAUGACUUGGAACCUGAAGCUUUAAAUCUAAACCAGGCGAGUCUCGAGACUGCUGCGACGAAAAAGAAGAAGAAUGGGGAGAGUAGGUGAAUGAUGUCGAAGUUCGAAAUUGUCGCUU